AUGUUCCAUCCCAUCAAAGUAGCAGACAAUGUUGUGGUUUUGCGCAAUUUGGGAUUUAACAAGUUGGUGUCGGUGAACAAUCCUGAUACUGACACAGCAGCAGUUAGAUCCAUGUAUGAGUCUGACAUUAUCGAUAAAACCAAGCUCAUGGUGGUUGAGCGCGUCACAUCAAGGAAAAUCUACAACAUUAAUUUUCGAAAAGAGGAGGGUAGGGUUUAUAACCUCAGCGUUAUGGAGAUGAGUCAUGCAGUGGCCGAUAACCCUGACGAUGUACAUAACACUAUGGGAUUGACACUUGAAUUCAAUAAAACAAGAUCAAUUUCUCUUCGCAACAGCGUUUCACUACUAUCUGACGUUAAAACAACCAUUGAAAUCAAUGCAAUUCCAUUGAUAGUCAAUAAAGAAAAUAUUAAAUUGUCAGCUAAUCAGGUUACUGCAGUAGGACAAUGGGGAAAAACCAAAACUAUCGAAACUUUAACCAAGACUAACUACACUGUUAGAGUGCCUCCUAAGACUAGAACAAGGGUUACUCUUGUUGUGACGCAAGGAACGUGCGAGGUUCCAUUCUCAUAUGCUCAAAAAGAUAAUUUCUACGAUGCCACUUCCAAAAUCUUGGAGAUGGAAGAUGGGAUGUACACUGGGGUCAAUAUUUUCGACAUCGAUAUUAAAACCAGCCAUGAAAUACUAUCCUAA